GACACCAACACAACACACAACAAUGUGCGUCCUUAUCUUUGCGGGAAAGAUUUCUGUGGGCUGUGGAAAAGAACUUUUGUGACAAUCCUUUCUUCUGCCUGCCCCGCCAACCGGAAUGUGAGAAUUGGAAUUGUAGAUCAAAGCAUGGCAGAACAAUUCUGGAAGGUAAACAGUACAGCCCCCUGCCUGCAGUUACGUCUCCUCAUGUUGACGAUAUAUGUAUGGACUGACUAGCAAACUGCUAUCUGGUGAAGGUUUAUUGAUCCGACCGGUCCCUUGCGACGCGUGAUUUUGUUCGAUUAUGUGGAAAAACAUUUUGUUGACACCAUCGACCACUCCAAUUGAUAUUGCAAUCGGUUCCAACAGAUUAUUCUAGUUCACUUUCAAACAAAACUAUCAAAGUGGGAGAGUAAUUACGGGUAGUGUUUUGUGCCAGUAAACAUCAUACCACGGGGCCCAUCCACGCUCUGAUUCAGUACAGAGAAGACAAAAGGUGUUUUAAAAACUUAAAACCAAAUCAGCGUAUUGUGGCCACGUCGACAAAAAUUACAGCAACAUGUUGGCGGGAUUCUUGGCCAGGUUUGCCGUGCUAAUUGCAGGCUUUUGUUUGGUAGUUGCUCGAUUACUUUGUCCUGAGCCGUGUUCGUGUCGCCACGCCCCUUCUGACGUCACAGUCAACUGCAGCUACAGAAGGCUGACGUCACUUCCUGACUUCUCUGUACUGGAAGAAGGUAACCUUCCACUGGACAUCUUUCUGAACGGCAACAAACUCUCUCAGCUUCUGGCCACCUCCUUCUGGCACGUGGCGUUGAGGCUGAGAACACUGGAGAUCUCGAAGAACGAGAAAAUCUUAGAAAUAUCUCCCCGAGCCUUUGCUCGAUCUCGGGGAGUUCUCAAGGUAGUAAAACUUGACCCCAUUCAAAACGACCUAGCAGAAGAUCUGAGAACAUUCGCAGAAGCCAGCGUCUUGGAAGAGCUUCGUAUAGAAACAAGCUCUGUGGUCGCCAAGGCUUUGCUUCAUAGCCCCCUGACAGACACACCCGGAGACGCCCCCCUCAAGGUUCUCCACAUACGUAACUCCGGCGUGACGUCACUGGAAGCGACGGCAGUGAGAGGUCUCUCCCUCACGGAGCUUGGCCUCAGCGACAAUCACUUGUCCGAUUUCCCGACAUCCUUGAGGGGCCUGAUGUCCGAGACGCUCCAGGUUCUAUAUUUAGACGGGAACCGGAUCCAGUCCCUAGAGCAGCGGCACUUCCCUAAGGGUUGCAAACUCCAGACCCUCCACCUCCAGGGGAACUCUAUUUCGGCCGUACAGCCAGGGACGCUGGACAGAUGUCCAGACUUAGAAGAUCUCAACUUAGCUGGAAAUAAACAUAUCGUCUCGUUAGACUCGGGUCUUUUCGUGAACGUACGCAAUUUGAAACUAGAUGUAAGUGGAACGGACAUUUCAGACCUGAGUUUCGUCAAAUCACAUCAGGUUCACAGACUCACAGCGUUUGACACAAAAGUGCUGUGUGAAUGCAACACCAGAGGCAAGCAGCUGCAACAUUUUGGGGUGAAACUUGAAGGAACGUGCAGCACACUAGAGGCUGGAUCCGCGCUAGAUCUAAAACAGCUCAGCCAGUACUGCCCUGCUUUCAUAGACCCGGAGUAUCCAACCGUUCUCGAGGGUCAAGGGCUGAAGGAUAGAGGAUUGUCGAGGUCCUUGGAAUUUCUUUGGGAGUUUUUCCAAGACGAUUUGAGACCUACCAAAGCCCGCGAGUUCGGCCAUGAUUCUUUUGAGGAAGUCAGAAAAGAUCCUUCACAAUCCGUGUAUCAGAAAAUACAGUCAAGGAGUCACGAAAAAUCGUUAGAAGAAGAUACCCCUGAGACUAGUGUCUCUGUAACCUCUCAAAAUGCAGGACUUCCAGAUGAGCAGCAGCGAGUUAGAGAAAGCACAGAAAAAAGGCUGGCAGAAAAUCUACGCCAUAUUGAAGAAAAGCAACAAAACGUUCCCUUGAGCGGUGAAGCGAACCCAAGAAAACAAGACUCGCCUAAGGUACAGCACAGAGCGACGGGAGAUGACACAGCGAGCCAUGCUCGAGACAGACUCAGAGACACCCACCUGGCAGAACCGGCCAGGUCAUCGCUUCCACAGUCGUCAGCUGACAAAAAGCGCGUGCGGCGAGAAAACAUGGCAAGGAACAGCAACGGUCAGGGAAAGUUGAAAUGGAGACAAAGUUCACGCGUGUCCAUGUUUGGUUCAUGUCUGGAAACCUGUGAGGAGAUUUGUUCCCACAACUUCCCAGAUGUGCGUGUGGAGGGACAGGCACCCCGGAAAUCAAAAUCAAAGCUCCAAUCGGAACCGAAACCGGAACCGUCAUCCACCCCAAGUGUUGGCCUAUUUAUAGAUACACAAGCAGACAACAUGGCGGACAGACAGAGCCAGGGUCACCGAGAGGCGUCGCAACAAGGUCAUGUCAUGAGCAGACUUGCGCAGGGAGAGAACUCAUCAUCACACGCACAGACUGUCAACAAAACCUCGACUGUAGGACACACGUUAGAGACAAAAGGCACACCAGUUGAAACAGUAUCACUAAACAGACCGCUCACACACCCAGAUAGACCCGUCACACAUCCAGAUAGACAGGCCACACAUCCAGAUAGACAGAUCUCACACCCAGAUAGACAGACCACACACCCAGAUAGACAGACCACACAUCCAGAU